AUGACCACUUUCUCCGCUCCGAUCCCUGCCACCAGAUCGUUGCCCACCAAUCAGUCGGCACUGGCGGCUUCUUUCACCAGCUUCCUUACUGUGUCGGUCCACCAAAUACUUUUCCUUCGCUCCGUUUACCCGCGCGCGACCUUCCUUCCUGUGAGGGCUUACAACUAUCCCGUCCGUCAAUCUCGUCACCCGAAAGUGUGUGACUAUAUCAACGAUGCAUCAAUCGCAGUCGGGACAGAGAUCUUGAAAGGCACAAUAACGGCAGUCAGUAUCAUUAUAUCAUCUCUCCGCACAAAUCAGCCCCUCGAACGAUAUGCCUUUGAUUUGUCGGGCUUCCCUCGGGCCCCUGUCGGAGAGGUAAACACUACAUUUGAAGACAGAAGUGAAGAUGUUUCCAGGCCAGAUGCCCCCGUCUCGGACCGGGGUCCCGCGCCAACUUCGGUCGACCUCGAGUCACAAUUUCGAGCCUGUCUGGCUCGACUCGCAUCCGCCUGCGCACGCCUGACCCCCUUGCCACGGGAUGACGAAUUUAGCUUCACCGUCUGCAUCGAAGUGCGCGAAGACGCACUGCCCCCCGCAGGCACUACCAAAGAAGAACAAACGUGGAUUGUCGCCGAACCUGGCAAGGUGCAUCUCAGAUCCUGCACCGCCCCAUUUUCCGUGUCAAAAUUGCGAAAUGGCGAGCCCCAACAGCCGCCCGUUCGGCAAUCGAGCGGCCGCGCCAAAACUGUACCGGUACGACGUGUGGAGGCCGGAGAACUUCGGUUGGAGUUAUGGGUUGAGGAGGCGCGGCAGAAGUUUAACGAACCAGUGGAUUCAGAGCAAUCGCCUUGA